UCGAUGUAUAGAAGACUCAAACAAUAUCUAAACUCAUUGAAAUCUGGAGUUUCAAACUAAAAAAAUAUCAAAAAUCUCAAAUCUAAAAACCCAACAGUGAUUCCAUGCAAACAAAUAACAAAUUAAAGCAAAAAACAUGCGAAGAAGCACAUGACUAGCUAAAUACCAAAUAUAAAAUCCAUAUCUCACACAAAAUCCAAAGAAAAAUUGAAUCAAUCUGAGAAUGCGAAAUACAAUCAAAUACGAUUGAGAGACAGAGAGGCCAGAUGUCGAGCGGAGAUAGAGUGAAGCAGAUAACAACAAAAUACGAAAAAUGCUUGGAAAACAGAACAUACCUGAGAAUUUUAGGCGAAAUAGUGAAGUAUGGUGUCGAUAGCAGAGGAUCCACUUCAAGCCGCAAUGAUUCCAAGCGAAGAAUUUCGAGCAGAGAAAAAGAUAGGGUUCCUAGCGGGAUACAGUAGUCAUUUGUGGAGCAGAGAGUCGUUCGUAGAGCUGGGUUCGUAGAGCAGAAUUGUAGUUUGUGGAGCUAGGGUACGUUUAAUCCUUCUAAACCUCCCGAUUCGGGGGAAUUAGAAAAGUGGAUGUUUGAGGGUUUUACGAGGAUUUUAAAAAAACCCCAAAGACUUUCCUUCCAUUUUAAAAAACUCCCAAACACAAAAUGGGGGGUGAUUAACCCUCACACCCCUUCCCCUCCCCUCCAAAAUCAAACUCCCAAUCACACCCUAAGAGCUUAAUAAUUUAAUUAUUCUACAUGGGUGAUGCACGUAUUGAGAUCCAAUCUGAAUUCCCAAACGUAGCCGGCAGCAGCAGUUCGUCCGGAGGAGAAAAGUGGAACCAGGAUGUAGUAGACAGAGACCGCAUCCGAUUGAUGGAAACAGCACUAUCGGCUGAUUGGCAGCGGCGUCGUCUCAGAAAAUCGGCGGACUGUUGCUGCAUAUUCCGGAUACCCCCGAGCUUCGGCGAGGGGUGUUAUCAACCCUCGAUGGUGUCAAUCGGUCCAUACCACCACGGGAGGGAGGAGCUGAAGACCAUGGAGGAGAACAAGCGGCGGAGCUUGGCGACAUUGCUUGAGAGGACGAGGAAGAAAAUGGGUUUGACUCUCGAGGACUACUUUGUCAAAGUUAAAAGUGUGGAAGGAGAAGCUAGAGACUGCUAUUCGGAGGCCAUUCUUCUGGAAAGCCAUGAGUUUGUAGAGAUUUUGGUUGUUGAUGGCUGCUUCAUCGUGGAACUUUUUCGGAAAGUGGCAGGGAGAAUUCCUUAUGAGGAGGGUGAUCCAAUAUUAUCCCUGGAUUGGACCUUUCGUAGCCUCAUGAAGGACUUAACCUGCCUGGAGAACCAAAUACCCUUUGUUGUGCUCCAGGCCUUGUUUGACCUUACCCAAUCCCCGGACAAACCCGGGUACGCCGACCGGGUGGCGUUGUCCUCUCUCGCCCUCCACUUCUUUAGUUUUGAACCAUCAAUCAGAAGACCAAUGAAUAUUUGGCGGGGGGGCGAAAGCGUCGUCGUGGGGCGGCAUUUACUGGAUUUUCUCCGGUUGAGUUUCGUCAUCGAGAUGCCUGAGCCUGAAUCUCCUCCGUCCAAUCCGCCAGGAACUGCACGGAGCGACGUGACCCGAUGCAUCUCAAACUGGAGGAAUCCCGGAUGCAAGACCACGGUGUUCGUCCCAGUGAGCCACGCGAUCCGGUGCAUCUCGAUGUUGCGUGGAGCCGGAAUCAAGGUCACACGCCGCGAAGGAGCACAAAGUGUCCUAGCAAUACGGUUCAAGGGGUCGGCAAUCGAGAUGCCUCCGAUCCGAAUGGACGACUUCAUGGCGGCAUUCUUGCGGAACUGCGUGGCGUUCGAGCAUUGCCUCGAGUGUCAGUACAGAUCCAUCACAAAGUACGCCAUAUUGUUGGACGGCCUCAUAGACACGUACGAGGACGUGGAAGUUUUGUGCGACCAAGGCAUCUUGGAGAACCAUUUAGGGACGAAAGGGGAGGUGGCGACUUUUGUGAAUGAGCUAGUGAAGGGCGUGAUCGUGGAUGACUAUAUUCUUCAUGGGUACUUGCAUAAACUGUUUGGCGAGGUCAACCAGUAUUACAACGAUAGUUGGAACGUGUAUUGGGCCAUCCUCAAGAACAAAUACUUUAACUCUCCUUGGUCCAUCAUGUCGUUCUUCGCUGCCAUUGUUCUUCUCCUUCUCUCCGUAGCGCAGACCCUUUUCGCCUUUCUCGCUUAUGUUAACCCUCCGCAUGGUAC